AUGGUGGGGUACAAUAGCAAACAGAAUGGGCAGGUGGAGAGAAUGAACAGGAGCCUAAGUGAAAAGAUGUGGAUGCUACUAAUGCAAAGAAGGUUACCAAAGAGCUUCUGGCUGUAUGCAAUCCAGGCUGCAGCAUUCAAGAUAAACCUCACACCAAAUGCUGACAGCAAGCUCCCAUAUGAGGCAAUGUUCAAGAAAUUGCUGGAGUGGCUCAUAUUACUCCUCUGCAUUUUCAGAUGUCUUGUGUGGGUCAAUGUUCCAAAGGCCAAGCAAGACAAUGCCAAACUAGAUCAUUUGGAGAGGAAAGGGUGGCUCUUCUACAGUCCAGAAUACAAGCCAACUGUGUUCUGGAGCAAUUCAGUCAAAUUUUUAGAGACCAAAUGCUGGAUGGAUCACACUCAGUGGUGUCUGGUAAACAUACAACCCCUGCCAACAUUAACAAACGAGGAAGACUCAGCAGACUUAGGAUACACUGAGGAAAACCUGUUUGAUGAGAAAGAUCCAGAUGCACUGUGCAAAUAUGAUAACAUGGAAUAA